AUGAAUGAAGAAAUCAAGAUGAUCGAGAAAAAUAACACAUGGGAGCUUGUUGAGAAACCUGGAGACAAAGAAGUCAUCGCUGUCAAAUGGGUCUACAAGGUCAAGUAUAACGAAGAUGGCUCCAUCAAAUACAAGGCCGUCUCGUUGCAAAAGGUUACUCCCAACAACCAGGGAUUGACUUUAACGAGCUAUUGCUCCUGUUGUCCGCAUGGAGACUAUCAGUCAGCAUUUCUAAAUGGGGAGCUCGAAGAAGAAGUAUAUGUUGAGAAACUGCAAGGAUAUCUCAUCGAAGGUAAAGAAGACAAAGUAUACCGCCUUCGUAAAGCCCUUUCUGGGCUUAAACAAGCACCUAGGGCCUGGAAUAACAAAAUAGAUGGCUACCUACUUCAAAACGGGAUUACAAAAAGCCCAAGCACUAAUCCGAAAAUGAUUAAAGAAUUUAAGAAGACGAUGAUGUCGGAAUAUGAAAUAACUGACCUUGGAGCCAUGAAGUACUUCCUUGGCAUGCAAGUCAAGCAAAGCCUAGGAAGAAUAUUUCUCUCACAUGAGAAAUAUGCAGACGACCUACUUAAGAAGUUCAACAUGAGUGAAUGCAAGCCAUUGGCUACACCAAUGACACUUAAUGAAAGACAAUCUAAGAACGAUGGCAAAGAAAAGGUCGAUGCAUCAAUGUAUCGAAGUCUGGUUGGCUCUCUCAUCUACCUCACACAUACUAUUCCCGACAUAGUACAUGCUGUUAGCAUAGUAUCUAGAUUCAUGAGUGAGCCAAGUAAAGCUCACUUGGCAGCAUCAAAAAGGAUUCUCAGGUACGUCAAGGGAACAAAAGGUUAUGGAAUUAUGUACGAAACAGAGGAGAAUCACAAGUUUACAGGAUACACAGACAGUGAUUGGUCCGGAAGCAUUGACGAUCAAAAGAGUACAAGUGGCUACGUCUUCCAACUGGGAACCAAGGCCAUAUCUUGGUCAUCAAAGAAACAAGCAUCAGUAGCUCUGAAUAUGUAG